AUGAUACAGACGACAUAUUCAACCGAAUCACAUACCCAUAAUAAGCAUAGAAGUGGUAAAAAUAUCCAUCUCAGCGGUACCCAGAAUUUGACAGGAAGUGGCGAGAACUCCGGCCAAGAUAAUAAUAAUAGUAGUGCCAGAUCUAAUAAUUUAACACCAGACAAUAUGGCUUCAUUUGACAACUUCAAUGAUACGAUGAAUGGUUUACACCCAGUGAGUCAUCUUCAAUCGGGCAAAAAUAAAAACAGAAGACAGAGGGGGCUAUCAAUAUCUACUGGUGUAUCGUACACGAAUUUCUACUCAAGAGUAGGAGGACCGAAUUCUGCCAAUAUUAUGCUUCAUGAAAAAAGUCAUCAUGGCCACGAUACCAAAAAAGGAUUCAAGUCUAUAGUGACCACUGUUAACAAAGAAAACCUUAAGAUCAUUUUCCUUUGUGGGGGAUGGUACUUAACCUCGAUAUUGUCGUCGAAUGUCACGAAAACCAUCUUGAAAGCAUACAAAUAUCCAGUGACUUUGACAGAAAUACAGUUCUUCAUCACUUCGUUAUUGUGCUUGGUAACAUAUAUCAUUGUGUUUAAUAAUCGAAAGAUCGCCACGUCUUUCCCAUUGGGUACUUUCCCAGUCCAACUCACAGAAAACAAAUACACUACUUUAUAUGAUAUCAUCAAACCUACAAGAUUGAUUUUAACUCAGACUAUUCCAAUGGGGAUGUUUCAAUUCGUGGGUCAUAUUACAUCUCAUAAUGCUACCUCAUUGAUCAGUGUGUCCAUGGUUCAUACCAUCAAGGCGUUGUCCCCAAUAGUGACAGUAUUAAGUUAUAGGUUUUUAUUUCACGUGAAGUACCCAACGGUGACAUAUGUUACUUUAGCCCCGUUGGUAGUUGGUAUUAUGUUGACCUGUUUAUUUAAGAAUCAUAACAAGGGACAUUCUAGUGACAGUAUAAUAUCUGAUAGCUCUGCCUACUCUAAGGGAUUAGUUUUCGCAUUCAUUUCAAUGUUGAUUUUUGUUUCUCAAAACAUUUUUGCAAAGAAAAUCCUUACCUAUAAAACUAACUUACUUGAUAAUUCUUCAGAUGACGGCCGUCAUAGAAGUCAUCAAUAUUCUAACAUUUUGCCAAUAGACAAGGAGGAAGAGGCCACGAUCAAGAAGAUUAGUGAAAAGAAUAAAGUUGAUAAGUUAACUAUUCUAUUCUAUUGCUCAAUCGUCGGGUUCAUAUUCACUUUCCCAAUUUACUUGUCAAGCGAAAUUUUCUCCAAUGACGCUUGGUCACUUGGGAAAUUAAAUUUGAAUAUUAUUUGCUUGAUGUUAUUUCAUGGGUUGGUGCAUUUCGUCCAAGCCCUUUUGGCAUUCCAUAUUCUUGGCUUGGUUUCUCCGGUGAGUUACUCCAUCGCCAACAUCUUCAAAAGAAUUUUUGUCAUUGUUGCAGCCUUGGUUUGGGAGGCUCAACCAUUGAAUGGUAUACAAGCAUUUGGUUUGCUUUUGACCAUGGCUGGUCUAUAUUGCUAUGAUAGAUGGGGCACAGUUAAAAAGCAGUAG